GAAGCGAGUGCACAGUGUGUGAAAACAACAACAUGAUGAUGUUUUUAAGAUUGAAAACCGGCCGGUUGUUCUCACUUUGCUGUAGACAGCUUCACAGCGUGAAGUACGUACAAGGCCAGUCUCCGGAACCCAAUGUGCGAGAAUAUUUUUAUUACAUUGAUCACCAAGGGCAGCUUUUUAUGGACGAUACCAAGGUGAAGAACUUCAUCACCUGCUUCAAAGAUAAGAAGUUUCUAUCCUUCUUCUUCAGACGUCUCAAAAUAAACAACAUGGAAAGCUACAAAACAGACUUUCCCUACCUGUCUCCCUGUGGUGCCGAGAGGAACUUUAUACGAUGCGACGAUCGACCCAUUGUCUUCACUAAAAUCCUCCCCCCAGAUGAAGAAUUUGAACACUUGGAUGAGGCGUCCUCAGACCGUUUAGUUUGUAACGAAGCAGAUAACUUUACAGUACCUUUUGAACCGGAGAAAAUCUGCAUGCUCCCGAAGAGCGGCCGCAUAUACCACCCAGCUCCUAAGAAAACGGGUGGAAUCGGACUUGUCAAGUCUAGUGUCGCGAUCGAGAUUAGUCCAUUUUUCGAAUUUGGAGAAGCUGGGGAGUAUGCCCCACCUACUCAUUUCAACUGGAAGGGGAGGAGAUUGGAACUGACCAAUGAAAUUCUAGAUAAAGUGACUGAUGGCGAAACCAGUUGAACUUGUUUGAAUGAACGACUGCUCAAAGCAUUGCAGAAUCUUUCCUUAGGGCCCAAUUUCAUUUCAACUGCUUAAAGACAGUGGACACUAUUGGUAAUUGUCAAAGACUAGCCUUAAC